GGCGGCCGGAGACGCAACAUUCCAAGCAACAAAUCCACCCCCCCGAUCCCAGGCGCCCCGCUUGUAGUGACGGAGCAACGCGAUCCGGGGCCUCCCCGCAGCCCCCUUCCCCGAUGGUGAAAUCAAGCAGGAGAGCCCCCCACCCGGCAUCUUAUGUGGCUUGCUUAGCUCUCCGGCCGCAGUCAGAUUGGGGAUCCCUGGAGUGCCCGAAUGUCGGUCUCCCACAUACGGGAGAAUCGGAAUUUCUUGCUGCCCCCUCCGGCUUAGAGAGGCGUUUAGAGCCGGGACAAAACUCCUGACAACACUUUCUCGGACGAAAGCUGCCUCGAUGGGUCUCGUCUGGAAGCAGCUCCCAAAAUGGCCCAUAAAGAAAUCCAUUGGAAUAUUAGUCCAAGGAAGUGCUUUGGGGACAGUUGGCAGUACAAUGGCUUCCAAGUACCUCAUAGUGGUUCUGGCCAUUUUCUCCUCAUUCGCCCAGGUUGUAAUAGAAGCCAGCUCUUGGUGGUCUUUAGGAAUGAAUCAUAUGAAUCCUAUGAACCCUGUUCAGAUGUCAGAGGUAUAUAUAAUAGGAGCACAGCCACUAUGUAGUCAAUUAGCAGGACUUUCCCAAGGACAAAAGAAACUCUGCCACUUGUAUCAGGACCACAUGCAGUAUAUUGGAGAGGGGGCAAAGACGGGCAUUAAGGAAUGCCAGUAUCAGUUCAGACACAGAAGAUGGAAUUGCAGCACUGUGGACAACAACUCUGUUUUUGGCAGAGUCAUGCAGAUAGGCAGUAGGGAGACUGCCUUUACUUAUGCAGUCAGUGCUGCAGGGGUGGUUAAUGCAAUGAGCCGUGCCUGCCGAGAGGGGGAGCUCUCCUCCUGUGGCUGCAGCCGAGCAGCCAGGCCCAAAGAUUUACCCCGGGACUGGCUGUGGGGUGGCUGUGGGGAUAACAUCGAAUACGGCUAUCGCUUCGCCAAGGAAUUUGUGGAUGCUCGGGAGCGUGAGAGAAUUUAUCAGAAAGGCUCUUACGAGAGUGCUAGAAUUUUGAUGAACCUGCAUAACAACGAGGCUGGAAGACGAACUGUGUAUAACUUGGCGGAUGUGGCUUGUAAGUGUCAUGGGGUGUCUGGCUCCUGCAGCCUGAAGACCUGUUGGCUGCAGCUGGCCGAUUUCCGCAAGGUGGGCGAUGCCCUGAAGGAGAAAUAUGAUAGCGCUGCUGCCAUGAAACUCAAUAGCCGGGGCAAGCUGGUGCAAGUGAACAGCCGUUUCAACACGCCCACCAUCCAUGACCUGGUCUACAUUGACCCUAGCCCCGACUAUUGUGUCCGAAAUGAGAGUACUGGCUCCCUGGGCACCCAGGGCCGCCUCUGCAAUAAGACUUCAGAGGGUAUGGAUGGCUGCGAACUCAUGUGCUGUGGUCGGGGGUACGACCAGUUCAAGACAGUGCAGACAGAGCGCUGCCACUGCAAGUUCCACUGGUGCUGCUAUGUGAAAUGCAAGAAGUGCACAGAGAUUGUGGACCAGUUCGUGUGCAAAUAGGGGGAGAUGAGGUGGGAGGAACUUCUGCCUGCCUGCCAACGGGGGAGGGCUACCCCCAGGACAAUCUCCACUUUAUUUAUAGAGUCCAAUGAGUUUUCUUUUUAUUACAAAGGUUGCAAAAAGAAGUGACUGGAACCCUUUCUGCACCCAUUCUAGGACUAAUUGUGGUUUAUAUUUUUGGCAAUAACGGGAGUGAAUCUGAGAAAAUAUUUAUUUUUUUUCCCCAAAAAAGACUUUUUUAAAAAAAUAGUGUAGUUUGGAGGGAAAUCCAACAAUAGCCUAACUUAGUCCAAUGAGACACAGGACGUGCAGCAGGCAAAGAAUUCGUGUUACAUACAUGGGAUCUGAGAAUGAUUCUUAUGGACACACUUAACCCACAAACCUGGGCAUGAGUUUAGCUUCAGUGACCAAAAGUAGUCUGAUACAUAUACAAAGCUGAUCAGUAUAUCCAGGGAUCCAUAAAAAGAGGGUUGGUAUAUUUGUAGGAGGGCUUAGCACAAAGCUACCUUGAUGCCAAUCGCAUGACAGCAAAGUGCUACUUAAACAGUCGAGAUAGUUAAAGGGUAGCAGCACAGGAGUGUUUUUUUUAAAGAGUUCAGCUGUAUUAUAGAGGACCUUAAUCUUGGGUUCGGUAUCUAGUAAGACCAAUAAAAAUGUGGCCUUGAUUGACACUGUACAUCAAAGCAAGAUGUGGCCUGUCAGCUCUUCACAAAUUAUAUAUGGUAUGUGAAUUUUCCAUCUUGGCAAGCAAUUUGGCAUUACUGAUAAUGAAUAUCAGGAGCCAACAACGUCUGAACCUCACCAAACAGUGCUCUGACCUGAUACAAUAGAAAUUGCACCACUGCAGCUGUUUAACUGCCCACUCUCUCUGGAAAGCCCUUUAAGAAACAGAAUUCCCCUAAUUUGAAAUGCCUUUUAAAAAUAGUGGUAUGAUAGCCGGCCACCUUUCAAAACACAACUUGAUAAAUAAACCCUUUUAUUUUAUCCAAGAAAAUUGAUUAUUAAUUAAUAAUCAUUCUCAAAAUGGUUUAUUGUGGAUUUUGGGAAAGCUUUGACUUGAGAAGACAAUACGUAGUUUCAUGUCUUAAUGAUGUUAAGUGGCUAUUUUAAUUCAAUGAAAUAAUGCAGCAAUGCCAAAUUUAUCAUCUGAUGUCUUCAGUACACAUGCUUUAGAUAAUAUAUUGCAGGUAUACAUUAAAACUGUUCAGACUAUACUUGAGCAGUUACAUAUAUAUAUGGGAAAACUGUGGUCCGCUGGCAUCUGAUAGUUCAGAGCUUUUUGUACAUAUAUAUUUCAAUACAACCAGUAAUUUUUAUAAGACUGCUAAAGUUAUGGAGGCAGUUUGUCAGUUUUGAGCAUAUUAUUCCCCAUUUCCUUUUAACAAAUCUCAUUUAGGAUCUUUUGUAAUGAUUCUAGCACUCUUGGUAUCAUAACACAGAGGUUUUAUGAAUACUUUAAUCACAAAGAAGUAAGCCUUUUUGCAACCUAAGGGGAUUUGUUGGGUUAUAGGUAGACAAGGGUACCAUGCACUUGAAUUCACACUGGUUUAGAGACGGCUUCUCUCUUCCACUUUCCUGCAAGGGCAUUAUUGAUUAUCAUGAAACAUAAACGCUAGCAUUCCCUAACACAAGCUGUAUUUGGCCCUUUGUUUUUAAGGUGGUAUUUUUUUUUUCAUUUUUAAAAUGUAUAUCACUACGUAAUAAAGCAACUUGUGUUUCCCCCACCCCAGUGUAUUUACAAACACCUGGCAUUUGUCAUUCGUGCAGAAACCUCUCCCUGAAAAAUUCCUCACAUAAAUUAAAUCAACAUUCAAUACCAAACAAAUAAAAUCCUCCACUUUAGCCUAGUUGUAUUACAAAAGCCUUAACUUCUCACAAGCCUAUACACUUUAGCAUUAAGUUCAUCUUGAUCAUUUAUCAGCUUUUUAAAUGCUUUAUUGCUCUUAAUUUAUUAAGGACAUAUUUACCCCCUCAGAUGUUUUCAAACAAAAUAUCUUUUAAAAAGGCACUACUUCAUUGAAUUUGUCACUUUUGGUUUUUAUUAUACAAAAACCAUAGUCAUUUUUAAUUUUCUGAAUCACUUGUUCCAUUUUUAGUGACUUGUCUGUGAGCAGAGCUGAGUCUUAACAAUCCUAGCUAUUAAAACACUAUUUAAUGUAAAAUAUUUUACUUGUCAUUCAUUGUUAUGUAAAUCUUCUAUGUUCUUUCCUCUGUUCUGUACAUUUAAUGUACAUAUUUCUGUCUUGUGUGAUUGUAUAUUUCACUGGUUUAAAAAAAGUUGAAAGGCUUUACGUCAUAAUGGAAGAUAGACUAUAAAAAUAAAACUUUGUAUGUUGGAAAGUG